AUGAUGAGUGAUGCAAGUGACAUGCUGGCUGCGGCGCUGGAGCAGAUGGACGGGAUUAUAGCAGGUUCUAAGGCCUUGGAAUAUUCCAAUGGAAUUUUUGAUUGCCAGUCUCCCACCUCCCCAUUCAUGGGAAGCCUGCGAGCUCUGCACCUUGUAGAAGACCUGCGUGGGUUGUUAGAGAUGAUGGACACAGAUGAGAAGGAAGGUUUGAGGUGCCAGAUCCCAGAUUCAACAGCGGAAACACUCGUCGAAUGGCUUCAGAGUCAAAUGACAAAUGGACACCUGCCUGGGAAUGGAGAGGUGUAUCAAGAAAGGCUAGCCCGUUUAGAAAAUGAUAAAGAAUCUCUCGUUCUUCAGGUAAGUGUGUUAACAGACCAGGUAGAGGCUCAGGGAGAGAAGAUUCGAGAUUUGGAGUUUUGUCUUGAAGAGCACAGGGAGAAGCUGAACGCCACAGAAGAAAUGCUGCAGCAGGAGCUUCUGAGUAGGACAUCCUUAGAGACUCAGAAGUUGGAUCUGAUGGCUGAAAUCUCUAACUUGAAGCUGAAACUGACGGCUGUAGAGAAGGACAGAUUGGACUAUGAAGACAGGUUCAGAGACACAGAGGGGCUAAUGCAAGAGAUCAAUGAUUUGAGGUUAAGAGUCAGUGAAAUGGACAAUGAAAGACUUCAGUAUGAAAAAAAGCUGAAAUCAACCAAAUCUUUAAUGGCCAAACUUUCUAGCAUGAAAAUCAAGGUGGGUCAGAUGCAGUAUGAAAAGCAGCGGAUGGAGCGAAAAUGGGAGUCACUGAAGGACGAACUGGCAUCUUUAAAAGAACAGCUAGAAGAGAAGGAGUCUGAAGUAAAAAGGCUACAAGAAAAAUUGGUGUGCAAGAUGAAAGGAGAAGGGAUGGAAAUUCUUGAUCGAGAUAUUGAAGUACAAAAAAUGAAAAAGGCUGUGGAGUCUUUGAUGGCAGCAAAUGAAGAAAAGGAUCGGAAAAUAGAAGAUCUUCGCCAGUGCCUGAACAGGUACAAGAAAAUGCAAGAUACGGUGGUACUGGCCCAAGGCCAAGAUAGCGACUUUGAAGAUCUGCUCACAUCCAGUUCCAUCUCCACUUUGCUGGAUGCACAAGGUUUUAGUGACCUGGAGAAAAGUCUGUCACCUACACCAGUAAUGGGAUCUCCCAGCCGUGACCCAUUUAACACAAGUGUUCCAGAAGAGUUCCACACCGGUAUCUUGCAAGUUUCGGUCCCUUCAUUAUUGCCAGCAUCUAAGGGCUUGGAAAUUUCCGAAAAAGCAAAAUUGCCUCAACCAGAGACUUCGUUUGAAGAGAAUGAUGGAAAAAUAAUCCUUGGUGCUGCUGUUGAAACCCAGCCUUCUGAUAGUCUUUCAACUUCGAGUCUGCAAAAGUCCAGCAGCCUGGGCAAUCUGAAGAAAGAGUCAUCAGAUGGGGAUACAGAGUCUGUCCAGAAGCCUUCAGAGGAUAAAACUCCGGCAGAAAGCAGCCCAUUUGGAAGCCUCCCUCCAAAAGCUGCAGGGCAUGAUGCCUCCAUGGAUGACAACCCCUUUGGCACUCGAAAAGCCAGAUCUUCCUUUGGGCGUGGCUUUUUUAAAAUAAAAAGUAACAAGAGGACAGCAAGUGCCCCCAACUUGGCUGAAACAGAGAAGGAGACAGCUGAGCACCUAGAUCUUGCUGGUGUAUCUUCCCGGCCAAAAGAUGCGCUGGGAAGUAGUCCCUUCCAGAUAUCUCCGCCAUCGCCAGAUUCCAAAAAGAAAUCCAGAGGUAUCAUGAAACUCUUUGGAAAACUUAGGAGAAGUCAGUCAACUACAUUCAAUCCAGAUGACAUGUCUGAGCCUGAAUUCAAAAGAGGAGGAACAAGGGCAACCGCAGGGCCGCGACUGGGUUGGUCUCGAGAUUUGGGACAGUCUAACAGUGACUUGGACAUGCCAUUUGCCAAAUGGACCAAGGAACAAGUUUGCAAUUGGCUUGUGGAACAAGGCUUGGGGUCCUACCUGAAUUCUGGAAAGCAUUGGAUUGCAUCUGGCCAAACACUUUUGCAGGCUUCUCAACAAGAUCUAGAGAAGGAACUUGGAAUUAAGCAUUCACUUCAUCGAAAGAAACUCCAGCUGGCACUGCAAGCCCUGGGAUCCGAAGAAGAAACCAAUCACGGAAAGCUGGAUUUCAACUGGGUCACUCGAUGGUUGGAUGAUAUUGGUCUCCCCCAGUACAAGACGCAGUUUGACGAAGGACGAGUAGAUGGUCGAAUGCUCCAUUACAUGACUGUUGAUGACUUACUGUCUUUGAAGGUUGUGAGUGUGCUGCACCAUCUCAGUAUCAAAAGGGCUAUUCAGGUCCUGAGGAUCAAUAACUUUGAACCAAACUGUCUACGGAGGCGGCCAUCUGAUGAGAAUAGCAUCACCCCGUCAGAGGUUCAGCAGUGGACCAACCAUCGUGUGAUGGAGUGGCUGCGCUCCGUGGACUUGGCAGAAUAUGCCCCCAAUCUCAGAGGCAGUGGUGUUCAUGGUGGGCUCAUGGUUCUAGAACCUCGUUUUAAUGUAGAAACAAUGGCUCAGUUAUUGAAUAUCCCACCAAGUAAGACCCUCUUGCGAAGACAUUUGGCCACUCAUUUCAACCUUCUGAUUGGUGCUGAGGCCCAGCACCAAAAGCGUGAUGCCAUGGAGUUACCAGAUUAUGUACUUCUAACAGCCACUGCCAAAGUGAAGCCAAAGAAACUGACCUUCAGCAAUUUUGGGAAUCUGAGAAAGAAGAAACAGGAAGAUGGGGAAGAAUAUGUUUGUCCAAUGGAAUUGGGACAGGCAUCAGGAAGUACAUGCAAGAAAGGAUUUAAACCUGGUUUGGACAUGCGCCUGUAUGAUGAAGAUGAGUUAGACCGGUUAGAGCAGAUGGAAGAUUCAGAAGGGACAGUGAGACAGAUAGGUGCGUUCUCUGAAGGCAUCAACAAUCUAACGCACAUGUUAAAGGAGGACGACAUGUUCAGAGACUUUGCCGCCCGUUCCCCCAGUGCCAGCAUCACCGACGAGGACUCCAACGUUUAA